GAGCCCUGCCCACCUUCUGUGGGUGAGUUUCUGUAUAUCUGUGAAGACCUUUAUCCGCGAAAAGAGAUGCUUGCCAUGGAAGUCAGCAUCCUGAAAACCCUUGAGUUCGACAUCAACAUUCCCAUCGCCUAUCAUUUUCUACGCCGAUAUGCUAUAUGUCUCCAGACCAACAUGAAGACACUGACCUUGUCCCGCUUCAUCUGUGAGAUAACCCUGCAGGAAUAUGAGUACAUCCAUGAGAGGGCUUCCAAGCUAGCUGCUGGCUCCUUCCUCCUGGCCCUCUACAUGAAUAAACUUGGACACUGGGCUCCUAUCCUGGAAUAUUACAGUGGCUACAACACCUCUGAGCUUCACUCCCUGGUCAGGCAACUGAACAUCCUGCUGAAUUUCCAAUCUUAUGAGAGGCUCAAAACUGUGUAUAACAAAUAUUCUCACCAGAUUUUCUUUGAAGUCACCAAAAUCCCCACCUUGGACAUACUGAAGCUGGAGGAGAUUUUAAGUUGCCAAUUAUGAGGCUGAGGA